AUGGUUGCACCAGCUUUAAUUUAUUCUAAUCAUGAACUUUCUACGGCAAUUGAUUCAACUCAUGCUUUUGAAGGCCCAGAAAAAUUACUUGAAAUUUGGUUUUACCCAUCCAAAGAAUUAUCACCCAUCAAUUUAAGAAAUAUUAAAUUUGAUACUUGGAUCAAGAUUUUGAAUUUAGUUCAUUGUGAAGUACUUUCUAAAGUAUCGUCAACUUUAUGUGAUGCAUUUUUAUUAAGUGAAUCAUCUUUAUUUGUAUUCCCUCAUAAAAUCAUUUUGAAAACUUGUGGUACUACUACUACUUUAGCUUGUUUAGAUUUAUUAUUUGAAACUGUUACAAAAGAAUUACAGAAAAUUUAUUCUGGAGAUGAGGUUGUGGUAUUUUCAAGUAAAGAAAUUUAUCAAAUUUUUUAUUCUCGUCGUUCAUUCAUGUUCCCAGAUCGACAAAUCCAUGUUCAUGGUAAUUGGCAAGAAGAAGUCAAAUUAUUGAAUCAAUAUUUCAAUAAUGGGAAAAGUUAUAUUGUUGGUAAUAAUACCAAUUGGCAUCUUUACGUUGGAGGAAGUGGUAAGAAUGGGAAGCCCAAUGGAGUUGCCCCUGGUGAUGCAAUUCCAGCUGUUAAUGAUUGUACUUUGGAAAUCAUUAUGACUCAAUUAUCAUUAGAGGCUAGUCAACAAUUCUAUACUACUAGAAAACCUGGUGAUACUGCCAUUGAUGAAAAUCAUGAUUUAGGUCAUGAUUUAGGUCAACAAGUACUCAAACAAACUGGAUUAAAUGAAUUAUUUAAACUCAAAGAGCAAUCACCAAUUACCUCAAAUUCAUCUCCAAUUAAAGAAAUUCAUGAUGGAUUUGCUUUUACUCCAUGUGGAUUUUCUAGUAAUUCAAUUAAUGAAUCAGAUUAUUAUACUAUUCAUGUUACUCCUGAACCAGGAUGGAGUUAUGCAUCAUUUGAAACUAAUAUGAUUGGUGCUGAUUAUAAAGCAAUUGUUGAUAAAUGUAUUAAUGUUUUCCAACCAGGUCAAUUUAUGGUGACUUUCUUAACUAAUACUGAUAUGCAACGAUUUGAAUGUUGUUUAGAUAAUUAUAAAGUUAAUCAUCGUGAAGAAUUAGAUGUUGAAGAUUACAAGUUGUAUUUUGUUGAAUUUAUUCGUCAAUAA